CCCCCACAUGCGCUAGCAGAUAAUCACCGAUUUAUCUCUUUUUGAAACUCCACGGUUGAUUAUUUUUUUAAAAAAAAAAUAGGCCUGUUUUGCUGCUAUUGAGUGUGCCAUGCUUUCAAUUGACGAAUAUCUGGGACAUGUUCAUCGUGAACUUUCAAACAAGAAUAUAAAGAAAGUCCUUGUUUCUGGAAACGAUUCGGCAGACUUGGAUUCCAUUAUCUCUUCCCUUCUUUUCGCUUACUUAAGCCACACUACACAAGAAUCAAACACAUUGUAUAUUCCCAUUGUCAAAGUACCCAAGGGAGACUUGGAGCUUCGACCGGAACUAAAGUUUGUCUUGACACAAGUUGGACUUGAUUACCGAAAGUUGGUUACAAUAGACAUGGUCAGCGAAAUUAUAAGCGAACCCACAGAUAUUGUGUUAAUUGACCACAAUCAAUUGACUGCACCUUUUGCUACAGAGUCAUGGUCUGAGCAUGUGGUAGGUGUGUUGGAUCACCAUGUAGAUGAAGGGCUGUAUACGGAUGCUCCAUUCAGAGUGAUCCAGAUGGUGGGGUCUUGUGUAACAUUGGUCUUACAACAUUUCCAGGUCAAGCCAACCUCUCCAUGGCUGACACAAGAGAUGGCCCAUUUAGCAGUAGCGCCUUUACUUGUUGAUACGGUGAAUCUGAAAUGGGAUUUAGGCAGAACUACGGAAUCCGAUGUGCAGGUAUUUGGCAUUUUGCAGCACAAGCUAGAGUUGGUCCCCGAGGCCUUUUUCAAAUCGAUUGAGAAGGUGAAAUCUCAAGUAGAUUCAAUGAAUAAUUAUGAUAUUCUGCGUAGAGAUUAUAAAGAAUUUCCUAAUGUAAAUGGAUACAAGAUUGGAACGAGUGCAGUGACGUGGCAUUUUCGCGCUUGGGUAGAACGAGAAGGAGGUGCGGAAGCCAUCUCGCAGGCAGCAUUGGAGUAUGCUAAAGAGCGUGAGUUGGAUAUGGAGGUGAUCUUUACCGCUUUUGAUCAUGACCGCGAAGGAAAAGGGGGUGACUAUAGACGUGAAUUGGCAGUAUUUGUGGUCAACCCAGAGUUGAUGGGUGUCAAAGAAAGUUUGGAAACGAACAAGGAUUUACAGUUGAAACCUAUGCCUUUCGACAGUCGUUUCUAUGAGCAAGGAAAUAUCAAAAUGUCUCGUAAGCAAGUAUGGCCUCUUUUGAAACAAUUGGUUGAGCACACAUGAUAGUACAUUAUUUUAAAAAAUAUCACAAAAAAGAAAGAAAAGAAACAAUUUUCAUGUAAAUUUUUCUGACCAAUAGAAAUAAGCAUGUCAGUAAACGUGAUAUUUGUAGAGGAUCAAAUUAUGAUAACUUUUUUGUGUGUGUAAUAAACAUUCGAAUAAAGGGAUGGGGGAAAAAAAGAGUGGGUUAC